AUGGACUCCACCCAAAUCGCUACGUCGGUUGAAAGCUUGUUAGGAGAAAGCAUUAAAACUUCAUCUAACUAUUCUAAUAUUCUUACCGACUUAGCUAUUGAAAUGGGGCCUGAUAAAACUAGAACUCAGUUGUUUUCUGUUCUUGAACAAUUUAUCGUCACUGAUCGCGAGGAAUUUUUACCAAUUUUGUGCAGGGAACUUGGUAAAAUACACGAAUAUAUAGGCGGUUACGAGCACAUUGAUACCCUACUUCCUCUUUUAGAAAAGCUUUCUUCAUCUGAAGAAUCAAACAUAAGAAAGAUGACUGUAGAAUCUCUUCUUACAAUAUUUGAAGAUGUUAAGGCUACUCAGUUUAGAAAAUUUAUUAACUUCAUAAGCAAACUUUAUAAUUCUGAGUGGUUCACUAACCGGGCUACUGUCAUUGGACUUCUCUCGGUUGCUUACGAGGCUUCUACAGAUCCUCAAGAUAGAGAAGAUAUAUGCGAAAUAUUUUGUCAGUUGGCAAGAGAUCCGAUGGUUCUUGUGCGGCGGGCGGCUGCAGAGAAGUUGGGAGAUUGGAUAACCACUGAUGGUUGCUGUGUUAAAGGCUUUGUUACGGUAGCCAGUGCCGUUCAUGUCAAAAAAAAUCUUGUGCCUGUUUUAAUUGAGCUCCUACAAGAUUUUCAGGACUCCGUCAAAGUUUUAGCAGUAAGCAGCAGUCCCUCUGUACUUAACAGUCUCUUGGCCGUUGAGCACGUCUUGCCCGAAGAAUUUAUGACCUCUCUUCAGGCGGUGUUUGAUGAUCCAUCCUGGCGCGUGCGAUGUAUGGUUGCUGAGACGCUUCCAAAAUUGCAGUGUUUACUACAAGAUAGCUGCGCCCCAGAAAACUUCUUAUUGGACACUUUUCUAAAGCUUCUCUGCGAUAAGGAGGUGGACGUCCGCGCUAUUGCGAGCGGUAAGAUCCUCCAAUUUUGCCAGAAUUUGCCUUCUGAUGUUCGGCUAGAGACCACCCAUCACGUAAUUUUCCCUAUUUGUGAGAAACUUAUUUCAGACAACGCGCAUGAAGUCCGCGUGGCUCUAGCUUCCAACCUCCCGUUUCUUUCUCCCAUUCUUGGAAGAGAUCGCUCUCUUAUAUCUAUUAUUCCUAUCUUGCACCUCUUACUUUCCGAUUCAUUUCCUGAUGUAAAGUUAGCGCUUCUAUCAAGCAUGCACGUCGUUAAAGAUGUUUUAGAAGAUUUUUCAUUUGACACUCUGAUUGGCGAGACAAUUGCUAAGUUAAGCGAAGAUAAGCAGUGGCGCGUGCGAGUGGCUGUUAUUAAACACUCGCCUGAAAUGUCUAAAAUUCUGGCUUCCAAAGGGGAAGAUUUGUUUGCUGACCUCAUAGAGAAGUGGUUACUGGACUGCGUUUAUUCAGUUCGGGAAGCAGCCGCAGAUAUUAUUAGAGAGCUCGCAAGUUCUUUUGGUUUACACUGGGCGAUGGAAAAAGUGUUCCCGAAAAUAAAUCGGCUUUGUAACAAUUCAAAUUACUUAUACAGGAUAACUGCGUUGUCUCUGAUCAACAAACUUCUUCCUCUGCUCACUCUGGAAAUUAUCGUAACUUCCGUGCUGCCCUUAUUAUUUGCUUUAGGCAAUGAUCCCGUUGCAAACGUUCGCCUUAACGUUGCAAGGACGUUUGGCUCUAUAAGGCAGUCCUUAAUUGAGAGCGGGAAAAGUUUGGAUGCGAUCGAAACUGAUAUUAACAAGAGUUUGGAAAAUUUGUGCAAGGAUAGUGAUCAAGAUGUUAAACUCUAUGCCCAACAGGCUAUAGUAACGUAGUUGCCCCUAACCUGAAAUGAACUAACCGCUAAUAAAAGAAAUAAAGCUUACAGUACGUACUGUGGUGAAAGGUAAUAAAACAGUGU